AUGGGUCCCCCUCGCAGAAAGAUGCUGGCAACAGCAGAAGAAACCCUCACACCCCCCGACUCGCUCUCCGACACCCAACAGAUCGUGCGCGCAAUCAAAGCCACCGGAAACAACAUCUACCUGAUCGAACACACAGACAAGAGCCAGGUGCUGGUCGAAUUGCCCGCACGGUUCCGCUCCACCAUCUGGAUCAAGCGUGGCUCGUAUGUGGUUGUCGAUACUAAGGGCCAGGAGGAGCGGGAUAAUAAAAUUCGCGGGGAGAUAGUCAAUGUGGUUAGGGAUGAGAAGGCUUGGAGGAAGGCUCCUUUUUGGCCCAAGGAGUUCGUGAAACAGCCUGCUGUCGUCGCUGCUGACUCUGAUGACGAGGAAGAGUCUCGUGUUGGUCAGAUGCCUUCAUCGGACGAGUCAGAAUGA